CAUAACAUCAUGGAAAAGCCCUGAGCUCGGGAUUAAGAAACACGCCCCUCCACCUCAGCAAACCGCCCUCGUAUCCAUGCGGGCGGAAUUCGAGACUCGAAACUUUGCUUGCGUUCCCUGCUUGAUUUCAACACUUGUUUUAAAAUCUGAGCUAUAGAAUCAAUUCUGCAUACUCGUGAUCCAUUGCUAGUGUCCAAAUCUAUUAUAUCGAAGCGAGCCCAGGCGCCAGCUCAAACCGCGAAACUUGCAAGCCUGUGGGUUUGCCACAGACCCUGUACGUAUAUUGUUGCAUACUAUGGACGCUGAUGACCCGCAGCAGCGGCUGCUUCGUGCAGCGGCCGAGCGGGAGGAGGCGGAGGGCCGCGCCGUUGGCGAUGGGGGCGUUGAAAUCGUCGGGCUAGGCCUCCGCUUGCGUCAGCCCAAGCGCGUCCUAGUUGCCGGCGCGAUCAUUCUGGGCGUCUUUCUCGCGCUCACCACGUCCUGGGCAUGGGCAGCGUCGGGCGCAACCUCAGCGGGCUCAAGCGCGCCGGGCUUGGGCAUUGCGGCGUCGGAUGCACAGCGCGUACUGCAGCUCAACUACGUGAGCUUCCAUCCGUUCAACCUCAUUUACCGGUUAUCUGCCCAGACCCUCUUUGGGCUCCCAGGAGAGACCGCCAGCCGCAUCCCCAUGCUGUUCUCGAACUACCAGCUGGAGGUGGUCCUGCGCACCAUGGACCGCCAUGGCACCGCUGCCAGCGGCAGCCACACCACACCAGCGGCCGGCAUCCCCGACACCAGCAACCAGCCCGGCGCCGCCGCCGGCGAGAAGGUCGCAUGCACCACCGCAAGCCCUACACAACCACAGGGCGCUCUGCGGCAGGCCAGCACCCAUGCCGUGGACGUGGCGGGAUACCUGGCCUCGCAGCCCGCCUCCGCUGCCCUGUACGCCGCAGGGCUGCUCACGGCGCCUCGCGCCGCGCUGCUGGUAGCGUGGCUGUGGGAUGCCGACCCAGAUGGCGGUGCCGUCGGCGCGCUCAUGGCGAUGCGCAAUACACGGGUAGACAUUGCGGGCGCCGCCAACAAGCUAACGUUUGGCUGGAUGCGCACCCUGGGCCUGUACAUGUGGCGGGACGAGGCGUCCAAAGGGCCGCAGGCGCCUCCGAGCGGCCUAAGCGGGCUGUGCUUCUGGGCCCUGGCGUUACUGUGCCCCAGCGCCCUCACCUGCUACUUCGCCAUGAGCCUGGCGGCCACCGCGCCCUUGACCGCCGCUUGGGCCGUGCUGUCAAGCCUCACCCGCGGCGCUUGUGAGCUGCGUGUGGCGGCGCACCUGAUUGCGCUGGUGUGGCGGCGGCAGCCGCAGGCGGCGCUGCAGUGCGUGGCGUGCAGUCACGGCGUGCCGGCCGUACUGGGCUGCCAUGUGCUGGGCGGGCUGUGGCUGGCGGCGGGGCUGCUGCCAGGCCGCGUGCUGCUGGGCAUGGCGGUGUACAUGUACGGGCUGUGGGCGCCGUUCGCGGCGGCGGCAAUGAUGCUCAUGGCGCUGCAGCCCAACCAGGGCGGGAUGCUGGAUAUUGGCGGCCUGCACCAUCACCACCGGCAGGGCGCCGGCGGCUUUGCCGGCGAGGAUGCCGACGGCGCUAACGACGGUGGUGUGCGGCCCCAUGUCCCGGGCACUGGCGUGACGGCUUGCGUGGUGGUGCGCCGCCGGCAGCACUGGCCGCCGCCGGUGGAGGUGCCGGCGGCGUUGCAGGAGGAGGCAGAGCACGCGCCGCGGCACCUGCUGUGCCCAAUCACACACCUCAUCCUGACCGAGCCCGCCGUCACCGUCACGGGCGCUACGUACGAGCGCUCCGCCAUCAUUGGUUGGCUGCAGCAGGCCAGAAAGGACCCGCUGACGGGCCACGAGGUGUCGCCGGAGGAGGUGUUCCCGAACCUGGCCAUGUACGCCGUUCUGGAGGAGUACGUGCGGGAGCAGGCGCCCAAGCUGCAGCAGCGGGCAGCGGCAGCGGAGGCCGAGGGUGAGGGUGUGGCGGCGUGAGGUGGAGGCAGGUUUUGCGUGACGUGUGAGCGGCUGCGACUUCAUACAACAGCAUUGUGGUGGCAAGUGGCAACCGCGCCCGCCAAUUUUGGGUCGGUCGUAUUUGGUUGCUUAGUGAGUGGGACGCAGCUCUGUACAUUAUUGGUCUUGCGAUGAAGACGCAAUUUAGCAGCAUCAUGGGGACAAGCGGCAAGGCCACACAUGCCAGCGGUUGACACGCCCGUACAUGCGACAGUACCCAGGGUUGGAAGGCAGAGUCAAGCGUGGUUGUCGUGCCGCUUGUAGUCAGGAAGCCAAGAACUGAUACGCGCUGGUGAUUGCGCUUACUGAAGCGGAGGCUCAGGCAGGCUCAUGGGCUCUUAAAGCCGGGCUGCAGUGUGCAGUCGGUCGUCCCUCUUGCCUAAGUCAAUCCAUUUGUUGUGCGGGUGACAUAAAGUCCAUGCUAUGACUGGCAAUGGCUGUAAGAAUGCCACCAU